AUGCCUAGCAUCGGCCGGCAAUGGCAGCAUCCUUUCGUCGACAUUUUCAAGAGCUUCGGCACGGAUCCUUCCGGGGCCUCCCUGAAGGGCUCCGCGCUCUCGGCCGACCUCAAAGGAGAGGUCUCGGAGGAGAUGGACCGGGAGAUUUGCAAACGAGUCUUUAAAGUUCAAGGGUCCGUCUCCGCCAAUAACUACAUCCAACUGCCGAAGACGAAGGGCAAGGUCCGAAGUUUGGACCUCGUCGGCGAGUUCGUUUACCUCCAGCUGAAACUCCUCGGCGGCAAGUACUUUCUCAUCCACCUGGACUAUGUCGUCAGCAAUGGCCAGCGGUUUCGAAUUUCCCUGAGCAACGCAUACCACGAGGUGGGGACGGCGACAUACCACUGCAUUCAGUGUCCCUGCCAGCUGCCGGAGCAGUGGACUGUGGUGCGGCUCCAUGUGCCCUCAGCGUUGGGCGUGGUUCCAGGAGUCAACCGACACGGCUUCCUCUUGAGAUCCAUCCAGAUCUGUUCGUCUCUGUAUGUGCGGAAUGUCUUCACCUCCGACCGAUACUACGCCGCCCAUGCUGGACCUCGCGAAAUCCUGGGUGAGUUCAAGGACUGGGCAUUUGUCGAUGUUCCGGAUGCUGGGGAGGCUGCAGCAGCUGCCAGCGACAGGAUGGCCGUGAUGGCUGCGCCGUCUCCACUGAAGAGUUCAUCAUCUCUGCCCUCUGCCAGCUGCAUCUCACCAUCGGGGAAGGCGGAAAAGGAGGAUUGGCCGAGGCCGAUCGCAUCGAUUCGGAACAUGGCGGCGGUGGUCGCUGGUGGGCGCAGGAUCGUGGAAACGUCCGGAGUUCUCCAGGUCCCGCAUCGCCGGGCAGCUUUCGUGCAAAGUGCUGGGCCGGACGGAGCUGCUGCACCGAUGGAGAUUGCGGGCAUGAGCUGCAUGGCCCUGGUGCUGCGAAGCCAGGAUCCAAGCAGCAGACCCCGUUUCUUGCAGGGUCAUGCCAGGCGCGUUGAAAUGCUGGAGGCCUCAGACGACGGGCGGUGGGUGGCGUCAGUACAAGGGAGUGGAGACGAGGAGGUGGAGGGCAGGCGGUCUCCUCCGGUCAUGCGGCUUUGGACGGUGCAUUCCGAAGGCAUGGUGUGUGCGUCCGUGACGUCCCUGCCGUCGCUGGUCUCUGUGCAAGCUGUGACCUUCGACGGGCCUGCGAAGUUUCUGGCGGUGGCUGGCCAGGAUAUCCAGAAUCGGCAGAGCUUGCUAGUCUGGGACAUGAGCCGCGCCGACGGCGGUGCCCUGACACCGGUGGCCAAGCAGACGGGGCCCGAUGUGGCCUGCCUUCGGUUCUCGCCAUUCGAGAAGCUGACUCUGAUCAGCUGCGGCAUGGAGAACGUCCGCUUCUGGCGGAUCAAGGAUAGCCACCUCAGCGGCUGCAUGGUCCCGCUGGGAGGUCUGGCGCGCCAAAUGCACUUCACGGCACUGGCUUUCGAGUGCCGCCGCGCAGGUCACAGCUUCUGCUUGCCUUCCGAAGCAGCCGAACAGGUCCGAUUCUGGGUGGGAACUGCAGAUGGCCGCGUGAUUGAGCUGGGCCACAAGAGUCGGAAGGUCCUGGCAGUGCAUCAGCUGCACACUCAGGCGAUCACGGGGCUUUGUGCCAACGAGUCCUUCGUGGUGACCGCUUCUGCUGACCGACACGUGCGGGUCUGGCCCUUGGACUUCCGAUCCUUCUACCUUCAUGCCCUUCACGAGACCGCCGUGACCGGCAUCGACAUCAGCCUUGAUGGGCGGCAGGUGCUCUGUAGCACUGCGGACGGUUCCGUGGGCAUGUUGGACCUCCAGUCCCACCAGUACCAGGAUUUUCUGCGGUCUCACCGGACCUCAGUCUUGCGAGCAGCCCUCGCCGAUGCUGGACAGCUUGCUAGCGUCGCGGAGGGAUCUCUCAAGGUUUGGAGCUUCCCGGCUCUGGACCAGAUCGGAGACUUUCCGCUGCCGGAAGCGCAGGUGGAGGCAGUGGCUUGCCAUCCUUUUCGACGCCAGAUUGCGAUCAGCUUCCGGUCUGGCAAACUGCUGGUCUUCGAUGUGACCGCGGCCGCGGCUAUGGCCCAGCGGCAGCACGAACAUAGGCUGCCACUGCUUCGCUUCCUUGCGUGUGGCGCCGAGGACGAGGCAAGAGGAGCCAGCCUGGUAGCCGCAGACACGACCAGCACCAUUGUGCUGUUCAGCGAGGCCCAAGGCUACGAAGCUCUCGGGAGUUCCGGUGCCGAAGUCCCAUGCCUGGGCUUCGAUGGCUCUCCGGCACCUGCGAUGAGCGGAACUCCGCCCAGGUUGCUUUGGCUGACCGAGAGCCGAUCCGUGGCUUUGCAGAGCCUUCCAGACGCCCGGCUCGUCGCAAACCUUGCGGCCAACACGAAGGUCUCAUGCCUUGGCUUUUCGCAAUCGGGACGCUUCGUGCUGAUUGGCACUGCGGAUCUGAAGAUCCGGGCCUUCGAGGCUUCAGAUGGCACCUCGGUCUUCACGGCUCCUUGCUGCCUUCCUUUGUGCUCUCUCCACCUCGCAGACGCUGGGCCACCACCCUGGCCACUCAUGUCCGCUGCAGCAGACAAGCUGCUGAGGAUCGCGCGUGUGAAAGCAGACCCAGAGGCCUCGGAAGGAAGUGCUUCCUUCACCGUGCAGCUGGAGCAGAGCUUCAUCUCCCAUGUGCGGGUUGUGAUCGCUCGCGACAUCAAAGCAUCUGACUUGCACGCAUCGUGGGCUUACCUUCGAAACACAGGCGGAGGCGCCUCACCAGUUGCUUUCGGCGCAAGGCCACGCCGUUUCACUCAGCUCCUCAGAGAUCGUGUGCUGGGACGCUGGUCUGCAGACUUGGGCAGGACCUGGGGCAAUGGUUGGAUACCUGCAUCCGGGGGUGGGGUGACUGCCUUCGCCUUCGCAUCGCGACAGUCCGAAGUUGCAUUGGGAGUGGGCAAGUGCGGGCGCGAAGACGACUCCGUUUUCUUCGGGGCAGUUCCCAGGCUGCAGGUUUGGAUUGGCGAAGCAACGGGCCGCGGAGCCGUAGGCCCGAAAGCUAAGGCUGCUGGCGUGAGCCAUAUGAGUAUAGCUGCUCAGGCGGCGAGGAAUCUCGGAGGUUUUGUGCCGAAUAAGAUCUUCGUCGGUGGUGUGCCGAUUACAGUCACCGAGGAGCAAUUCAGGCAAUGCUUUGCGCAGUACGGAGCCAUUGCGAAAGUGGAGCUUCAUGCGCUGAGAGGCUUUGGAUACAUAACCUACGACACCGUCGAGGCUGUGGAUGCGUGUCUAGAAAAGUACGAGGAGCAUUACCUCAGCAAGAAGUGGGUAGAAGUCAAGCGUUCCAUCCCUCGAGAGCUCAUCGACGCCUACGAGAGGGAACAGCGGCGUUUACAUAGCCUCCACAGCGAAGCUCAGAAAGCAGCAGCGCCCAAGGCAGCUCGGAGUCAAUGGCUCCAGGGAGGGGCAGAUGUAGAGAUAGUUACACUUUUACAUGCAGCAUGUCCCUGUUGUGCGAUAGUUUGCAUGGGACAAUUAGGGGGUGUUGCUCAUUUACAUUUAAGACGUUGUUCUUCAGUCCAGGAUGGGGGUCGACAUUGA